CCUCAUGGCCUCCCUCUAACAGGUUUCCGUCUCCUUUGCUGACUCCUGGAAACCGACGCCAAAGAGGAAAAUUUUUACUUAUAAAAACCCUAAAAGAAAGCAAAUAUCUUCCCGUUUCCUUUGUUUUUUUUCUUUCUUUCAACAAUGGAGGAGAAAGUUUCGAACGAGUUGAAAAAAGGUGAGUUAAAGCAAGAAAUAGUACGCAAAACUAUGAACGAACUUCAAGAAAAAGCUUCUUCUGUUCUGUUACUUUGUUUACAAUGGAAGGAAUUGGAGGAUCACUUUGACUCCAUCAGGGGUUUGAUCCAGGCGGAGAAGGAAGAGGUUGAGAGGAAGGAGAGAGUGGUUAGGGAGAGGGAGAGGGAAGUCGGAGUGAAAGAGAAGAGAGUGGAGGAGUUGGUUAAUGAAGUUACGUUGAAAGAUCAGGACUUUAAGGAUUGGAGAAGAGAGCUUGAGUUGAAAGAAAUAAAUUUUGGGCAGAAAGUCAGAGAAAGGUAUGAUGAAAUUGAGUUGAAGGAGAAGAAAGUCGAGGAAGAGUUCAGAGAAGUUGCAUUGAGAGAAGAGAGGGCGGAGAAGAGAUUUAAAGAGGCUGAAGAGAAGGAGAGGAGGGUCGGAGAGUUGUUUAAGGAAGUUAGGGUGAAAGAUGACGAGUUUAGGGAAUGGAGAAAAAGGGUUGAGUUGAAGGAGAAGGAACUUGAGUUGAAAGGUAGGGGGGUUGAGGAGAGGAUUAAAGAGAUUAGAUUGAAAGAUAGGAAGGUUGAGGAGAGUCUUAACGAGCUUGGAUUCAAAGAUAGGAAGGUUGAGGAGAGGAUUAAAGAGAUUGGAUUGAAAGAUAAGAAGGUUGAGGAGAGGCUUAAAGAGAUUGGAUCCAAAGAUAGGAAGGUUGGGGAGAGGCUUAAAGAGGUUGGAUGGAAAGAUAGGAUGGUUGAGGAGAGGCUUAAAGAGGUUGGAUUGAAAGAUAGGAAGGUUGAGGAGAGGCUUAAAGAGGUUGGAUUGAAAGGUAGGGAGGUUGAGGAGAGGGUUAAAGAGAUUGCAUUGAUGGAGAAGAAUGUUGGCAAAAGGAGCGAGGAAGUUGAAUUGAAUAGGAGGAAAUUAGAGGAAGGAUUUAGAGAACUUGAGUUGAAAAGUAGGGAGGUUGAGGAGAUAAUUAAAGGGGUUGAGUUGAAGGAGAAGGAAUUGGAGGAACGGUGUAGGGGGUUUGAUUUGAAAGGGAAGCAAAUUGAAGAGGUUCAGUUGAAGGAGAAGGAACUAGAAGAGAGGUUACGGGAAGUUGAAUUCGAAAAUAAGAAGUGCUUGGAGCGAAUUAAGGAGUUUGAGUUGAAGGAGAAACAAGUUGCUGAUGCUUGUAAUGCCCGUGUUAAGUCGGAGACAGUAGAUUAUUCUAUAGAUGCUAACCUACAUUUUUCAGUGAAAAUGGAUGGAAAGGCAUUGCAAAUUUUAUUAAAUAAGCGUUGUAAACAUGAUGAGAAGAUGAAGAAUGAGGUAUCUAUUGCUUUGGGACUUUCCUCGGAUCCUGCAAAGCUGGUUUUGGAUGCAAUGGAAGGGUUUCACCCACCCCAUUUGAGGGAGGGUGAUGUGGAGUUCAAAGAGGUUGUUGUGAAAAGAAGUUGCAAUCUUUUGCUUGAGCAAUUAACGAAAAUAUCCCCAACAAUCAAACCCCAUGUGAGAAAAGAAGCAACGAAACUUGCCUUUCUUUGGAUGAUAAUGAUGACAGUGGAUGGUCAACACAAUUUGGAUGUUUUGGGUUUUUUUAAUCUCUUGGCUGCUUAUGGACUGGCCUCUGCUUUUGAUUCAGAUGAGCUCAUAAGCCGUUUGGUGAUUAUUGCUCGAAAUAGGCAGACUCCUGAAUUCUUGCGUGUCCUUGAACUAGGAGAUAAAAUUCCUGGUUUUAUUCAAAAUCUAAUCUUAAAGAAUCAGCCAAUGGAAGCUAUCAGAUUCAUUUAUGCAUUUGAGAUGGUUAAUCAGUUCCCACCUGGACCUAUCUUGAGGGAUUACUUAAGUGGUUCCAAGAUUGCAGCCAGAAAAAUUAAGAGGAGGAGCAAAUCAAUUGAAGGACUGGUUGAGUCUGUAAAGAGAAGAGUAGCUGACCUAAUGGUUGUACUGAAAUGCAUUGAAGAUUACAAGCUUGAAACUGUAUUCUCACCAGAUACCCUCAAGCAACAAAUAAAAGAUGUCGAAAGACAACUUUCAAUUAGGAAAACAAAGUUACCAAACCUGGGCAGCAAUUCUCCUCAGCCUAAUCUGAGUGAGAAGAAACGUUUGGCCCCAAAAGCUGCUGCUUCUGCCUCUGUCCUCGCAUCCAAAUCUGUCUCUGCCACUAAACCUGCUCUCAAUUCCACGAUGGCUGCCUGUACUGCUACCUCAACUGCUCCCAUCACAGUCACCUCUCUUGCCCCAACUACUUCCGCUAUUGCUAAUCCAGUCGUCCCUAUCAUUGUCACUUCUCCCUCCACAACAGCUGCAGCCGCUGUUACCCCAAUAGCAGUUGCCUCUCGCCCCACUAUCCGAAGUGCAGUUGUCUCCCCCUCCUCAAGCAGUGCGUCACCUUCUGGCUCAAUCCCCAAGACCGAACCACAAUACCAGGGCGGAAAUAAACGCUGUCAAGCGCAGUACCAGGGCAGUGAUAAGCACCCGCACCCUCAAGAACAACACCAGAGUGGAAAUAAGCGCCCUCGGAUUGCUAAAUCACCAGAGGUUCCUCUAAGAACACCAUCACUUCAAAACACUGGCUUUGCACAGUCGGUGCCUGUCCCUCAUCUGCGAGCAGAAGGUCCUUUUAUAAAUCAAAAUCCAUCUGGCGGGCACUACAAUUGUCCUGGUUAUCGCCCACCAAACCCACAUAUGAGCUCCCAUUAUAAUUAUGGAUAUCCAUAUUAUCAUUAGAACACAUUUGGAAAACCUGGCUAUGACAGUGCUGCCCCCUUUCAGCGGCCAUAGAAUGUUACAUGAAACUCUUGAUGACAUGGGGCUGGUUAAAGUGGGUGAAGAAUUUCUUAAAAUCAUCACGGUAGUCAACAAACAUCCGAGUAAAGCUUGAAGCAAAUUAGCAAUUUAGUGACAAUUCCUUUUGGUAUUCCAGUAGCUUAUAGCUAGUUAACCUUAUAUUCUAGGACUUUGAUGCCUUUGCUCAAAGAUUCCAACGUGCCAAGAAGAUUAAACUUUUUGCAGGUGUGGUUCCACAUAAUGUUAAUAGUUAUUUUUUGCCUUGUAUGGUAGUCUUAUCUGCUGCACAGCUUGGUGUAUAUAAUCGGCUUAAUGGUCUGGUUACCUUGGAGAUUUGGGAUAACAAAUGCAAGAGCCUGUCUUUUCUUGCUAUUGUUCUUCGGUUUUCAAAUUUUCAUGUCUUUUCUCCUUCGGUUCUCUAGGACAAUUUUACCCCAUCUGUCAGGAAUUCGAUAUUGUUUGAUCUACUUGUAUUAGAAUUUUAUUUAGUCUGAACUCAUCAGCUGGACAAUCUA